AUGAGGGAGCUGGGCAGCUACUUCUCUGCAGCGCUGCUUGCUGCGGCCUCGCUGGCCGGCGAUGCGCUCGCUGCACGCGCGUCGUCCGCCCCCGCCUCUGCCCCGACGGGCGCGACGUACGCCUCUGGCUUCGACAUCACGUCCAGCUGGGGCAAUCUGAGUCCGUACAAAGACGCACCCGGCUUUGGCCUGCCCAAGGGCGUGCCCUCCGACUGCGAGCUGUCGCAGGUCCAUGUCCUGCACCGCCACGCCCAGCGCUAUCCCACGGCCUACCCGCUGGACGGCGAGGGCAUGCAGAACUUUGCCUACAAGCUCUCCAACUACUCCGCCGCCCAUCCUGGGGAGCCCGUUGGCACGGGGCCUCUGGCCUUCUUGAACCACUGGAAAUACCAGCUGGGCACAGACUUGCUGCUCGAGACGGGCGCUGCGACUGAAGCUACCUCGGGUGCCGACUUCUGGGCCAAGUACGGCCGUCUGCUGUACCGUGCUGGUCCUGGUGUCUCCGCCUGGAGUCCCGAGCUGAAUGUCUUCCCCAAUGGCACGGCACGCCCCAAGCCUGUGUUCCGCACGACCUCGCAGGCUCGAAUUCUCGAGAGCGCCAGAUGGUGGUUGAGUGGUUUCUUUGGCAACGUCGGCGCCAACAGCUCCUACUCGCAGUACGACCUCGUUAUUAUUCCCGAGGUCGACCCGUUCAACAACACCCUGGCUUCCUACGAGUCGUGCCCGGAUGAUCCGUUUGCGGGGGACUCGACCGCUGAAGUGUUUAUUCCGCGGUAUACGAAAAAUGCGCACGCCCGCUUGUCCGCCUUCCUCCCCGCCGGCUUCAAUCUGACUGGGAUGGACGUCUACGCCAUGCAGAAUCUCUGCGCGUACGAAUACGCCACCUUCAGCGCCUCCUCUUUCUGCUCGCUCUUUACCGAGCAGGAAUGGCGCGACUUCCAGUACGCCAUCGACAUCCAGUUCUACGGCGACUACGGUUACGGCGCCACGUCCGGCCGCGCCCAGGGCAUUGGAUACGUGCUGGAGCUUGCCGCUCGCCUGCAGCACAAGCUGAUCUACUCCAGCGACACGAGCAUCAACUACACCUACGACGACAACACCGCCCAGUUCCCCCUGGAGCAGCCGUUCUACAUGGACAUGUCGCAUGACGACAUCAUCGUCUCCGUCAUCACCGCUCUGGGCCUGAAUUACUUCAAGUAUGGCAACCACGGGCUCCCCGGCGACGUCGACCAUGCCGUCAACACGACGUUCCACCUGAACCAAAUCACCCCGUUCGGCGCGCGCUUCAUCUCCGAGAUUUGGACCUGCCCCAGCGAGAGGAAGUCUUUCACGGACCUGGACCCGGUGCUGUACGAAAAUCCCGACCUCUCGUCCCAGAACGACACCACGGAUUAUAUCCGGUUUGUGUUGAACGGCGCCCCGGUGCCGCUCGACGGGUUGGUUGGCUGCGAGGGCGUUAAGGAUGGUUUCUGUCCGGUGAAGAAAUUUCUGAGCGGCGUGCCCACGCUGAAGAAGCAGGCCAUGUAUCAGCAAGCUUGCUUUGGGAACUAUACGACGACGGGGCAGGUUGGGAACGGGCAGCCGCCGCAAUAA